UUGGAUUUUUUUUCUUUCAUUUAAAAUUAUAUUAAUAAAUUAUUUCUGAUAGUAGAUAAAUAAAAAACAUUUUAAUAUUCAUAAAAAUUAUAUACAAUUUUGUUUUCAUACACAUAUAUUUAUUAUCGUAUUAGUUUGAUAUAUUUAUCAUAUUUAUCAAUUAAAAAAAAAAAAUAGCCAUUAUAAUUUUGAUUAAAGUAGUAGCAUUGGUAUAUAAAAUAAUAACCGCGGGAAAUUAUUAUUAUUAUCGUCAUUACGUCCACGUUGUUUUUGAUUUAUUAAAGCAAAAGGAGCAUAGAAUAUUUAUUGUAUAUUAUUUUAAUUGAUUGAAAGUAAUAAUAUUUAUAAUAUAAUAAAAUGGACACUUUGGAAACAGCGAAAAAAAUAGCAGCUUACAAAGCCGUUGAUGAGUAUGUUACGCCUAAUUGUGUAAUUGGAAUUGGUAGCGGAUCAACAGUUAUUUAUGCAGUAAAUAGAAUUGCUGAAAAAAUUAAUGAAAAUGGAUUGAAUGUUAUUUGUGUGCCGACUUCUUUUCAAGCACGUCAAUUAAUUAUUAAUAACCAUUUAACACUUGGUGAUCUCGAUACACAUCCAAAGUUGGAUUGUGUUAUUGAUGGUGCAGAUGAAGUUGAUGCUAAUAUGACAUUAAUUAAAGGUGGAGGCGGUUGUUUAUUACAAGAAAAAAUAGUUGCAUCUUGUACAAAUCAAUUGAUAAUUAUUGCUGACCAUACUAAAAAUUCAGAUAGACUUGGACAGCAGUAUAAAAAAGGAAUACCUAUUGAAGUCGUUCCUAUGGCUUAUGUACCAAUUAAAAAAAAUAUUCAAGAUAAUUAUGGUGGCACUGUUCAAAUUCGUAUGGCUAUUGCCAAAGCUGGUCCAGUUGUAACAGACAAUGGAAAUUUUAUAUUAGAUUGGCAUUUUCCAUUCGAACAGGAAAAAUCAUGGAAUGAAAUAAGUAAUGAGAUUAAAUUAAUCCCUGGAGUAAUUGAAAUAGGAUUGUUCGUGAAUAUGGCUAAAAAAGUAUAUUUUGGAAUGCCAGAUGGUAGUGUUAAGAUACAAGAAUUUGAAUAAUGAAUAUGUUUAGCCAUUUGUUUUACUGAUUAAUAAUAAUUUUUUCAUCAAUUUAGAUUACUUAAUUAUUAAGAUUAAUUACUAUAAAGAUAUCAAGUAAUAAUUUAAACUUACUAUUUAAUAAUGCUAUAAGGUAAAAGGCCUAGUACCCGAUCACUCCAUGUAUUUGUAUAUUUAUAUUUAAUCAAAUUUAGUAAAUAUAGAUAUACAAAUACAUUUUACCUUAUAGUAAAGAUUAUUAAAUUUAUUGACAUUAUAUUUAUUAAAAAUAAGUUGAACAUACAAUUUUCAACUUUUUUACAAUU